CAGUUUCCCCAUAGCAACUGAUGGCUUGUUUGUUGAACUUGUUUCUGUUUUCGCUGGACAUUUGAUGACAGUUUUGCAUUUGAUUGGGUGAAUUGGCAGAAGUUGUGAAGAAAAGACAAAAAAAAAACUUUAAAGCCACUUUAAUCUAAAAGCCAGCAGCAGAUGGUCUAAUGUAUUUCCAGAGAUGAAGAUCUAUCAGAGUCUGUCUGAGAACAUCCUGACAGUCAACAUGUUACUGAGUGUCUUCUUUCUUCCCGAUUCUGCUUGGAGUCCCAGCAUUAAUGUUCCCUCUGACCUGAAGGAGCAUCAGUCUGUCACUGUAACCUGCUCAACUUUCACUCCCUGUCCACACUCACCUCCUGAACUCACCUGGAAUCUCCAACAAGACUCUCUCAGACAAACUGAGAAAAACACAGAUGGAACCUUUACAACUAAAAUCCAGGAGAGCAUCACUCUGUCAGACACACAUGAUGAAUACAACAUCAGAUGUUCUGCCAGAUAUCCUGUGAUUGGAGGAAACAAGACAGCAGAGACAGAAGUGACUCUCAGUGUUUCCUAUGCUCCUAGAAACACCUCAGCAUCCAUCAGUCCAUCAGGUUUGGUGUCAGCAGGUAGCUGGGUGGAGCUGAGCUGCUCCAGCAGAGCCAAACCUCCACCCAGAUUCACCUGGUUCAAGAACAGUGAACAUGGAGCCAUGAAUGUAUCUGUGGAGCAGAUUUACAGCUUCAAUGUUACUGAUGGAGGAAAGUAUCACUGUGUGGCUACAAAUCAUCUGGGGAAUCAAACGUCACCAAUAAUCUCUAUAAGUAACAAAGGUCCAACUGCCGGUCUUGCAGUCUGGAUGGGUAUUUUAGUGGGAAUCAUUGUGUUCAUCUGCCUGAUUGUUGUUUGUGCUUGGUACUUGAAGUGCAAACGUGCAACUCCACAACAGACUCAGAGUCAAACAGGUGAGGAUGCUGCUGUUGAAAAAUCAGCCGAUGGAAGAGAGGAAAUACUUCAUUAUGAAGAAGUGAACUUCCUUCAGAGGAGACCUGGAGCUUCCUCCAUGUCAGCACAGGACAGCAGGCAGCAGGAGACGGUGUACUCUCAGGUCAAGGUGUCUGUUGCCACGGCAGAAGAUCUCUGCGCUCAAGUGAAGGAAAUAUGAUGUGUUUUAUGUCAGAAGGCUUGACCUUUUUGACUUGUUAGUUUUGGACAGAGUUCAGUGGGAGAACGUCUUAAACCCACUGGUCUCAUAAUCUUAUCAUAAGUGUCAUUGUUUCUACUCUUACGAAAAAUCCCACGAAAAUCACAUGUGGAAAUGUGUGAUUCACA